GGGCCAAGGCUGUGCCGCCCCUGCAUGAGCAGCAUAAAAGCCGGCCCAGCGCCUCUCUCCCUCACACCCUUCUCCUGACGCCUUCUCCUGCCUUCUCUGCCCACAACCAGGGCCCCUCCACACCACACCCAUGGCCUGCUACGACCUCUGCCGCCCCUGCGGACCCACCCCGCUGGCCAACAGCUGCAACGAGCCCUGUGUCAGGCAGUGCCAGGACUCCACCGUCCUCAUCCAGCCCUCCCCCGUCCGCGUCACCUUCAUAGGGCCCAUCAUGACCUCCUUCCCCCAGAGCUCCUUCGUCGGAUCCACCGCAGGGGCUGCCCUGGGCACGGAGCUCAACGUCCAGGGACAGCCCAUCUCCGGCGGCUUUGGCGACGGAGGCUACGGCCUGGGCUAUGGCCGUGGCUUUGGCUACGGCCUGGGAGGCCUGGGCUGCUACGGGAACAGGGGCUGCUACGGCACCUGCUGAGGCCCCAAACAACUGCCCCAACACCAACCACCCACGACCUGCAAGUCAGCACAUGGAACAAGGAUUCAUCUC